UCCCCGCCCACCGCACCACAUGAACGGGCAAGGAGGACCAAAUUGAUUUAAUUUGUGAAGCACUGAUCUUUGUCGUCCUUUACACUGUUUUGCUGUCUGUCCGGAUGCUCUCGCGAACCUGCUUUCAUCUCGCAUAUUUGGCUCCCUCCCACCCUAACGACACUGAUUUUAAUCCCUCCUGUUCUUUGAAGCGAUUCGCCUCUGCAAGCUCGGCCUCAUGACAAAAACAGCUGGGAGUGCGCACCACUUCGGGGGUAAAUGAGUCCACAACAAAAAUCCUCACUUGGAUCACAACCCGCGCGUGUACGUGUCAAUUAGGGUACAGGAUUGCACAGAUGGAGCGUCAGGGAUGCAGGUUUGGAAGUAGUGAUGGGGCGGGACGGUUUCUGCUCAGUUUGGAAGAUCUAAACUCAGUGACGGAAGACGAGAACUUGGACUUGGCAAGUAGUGACAACGGCAAUGAUGAAAACAACGAACAUGAAAUCGAGCAAGAAGAGGACAAUCUCCUCGGGUACUGGCAAAACAUCGGCCGUGGGCAUCAGGUGGUUGUGCCAAGAGACAUGGCUGAACCAAUUCAACAGAUGUCAAGAAAUAACCGAUCUCAUGACAGGGAACUGGUUCCAUUUAAGACUACAGGUCAUAAAAGGAAGGCUGAAGAACUACUUUAUGAAAAGCGUCAAUAUGAGAAAGCAAAAUGGGCUUGUGUAAAACAGAAUGAAUCAAGCUAUGAGCAGAGUACAUGCCUCGGAUUUAUGAAAUUAAUGAAAUACAUCUGCCAACAAAACUCAGCAGGUCUCUUCCUAGGAAUGACACUGCCUGUCGUUACCAUUGUGCACACCAACCAGACCAGAACAGAGCUCCAGCCUGAAGUAACCAUAGCUUACUACCUGCCAGCACAAUUUCAAAAUCAGACACCUCAACCUUUUGAUGCUGAAAUUGCAAUAGAGGAGUGGCCUGCUCACACUAUAUACACUAGUCUGGCAUAGUGAGAUCUGAACUCCAAGUCUGCUUUGCUGUUCCAGUUGCAUAACUAUGAAAUUACUGUGCCCCAACAUUGCCAUUUUUAAGCUGGCAAUGGGAUGUUUAUGGAUACAGCCCAGAAACAAAGCUUCAAGUAUCAAAGUCAAAUGAGGAAACAUCAAACAAGCUCCGCAUCUUUCCACCUUCCAGAGGAAGAAAGUAGGUUGGGACAGAGGAACACAAAAGCCUGAGAAAUUAACUAAGCUGGAGCAGUAACUCAGAAGGACACUUCUCUUCCCUCACCUACUCAGUCUAAUCCCCAAUAACUGACUCUUGAUUUUGGUUUUAAUGGUGUUUGGGGAAGUGCAGGUUCAAUUUCUAACUCAGCAAGGAGGAUGGGCGAGUGGAAAGGUGACAUUUCUCCAACCAGGGCAACAAUCAUGUUAUCAGCUAAUAUUUUAGGGUGGUCAGAGUAACAAGUACAAUUGAAAGAUUGUUUGGCUUACCUGAUAUUGAGGGGUUGGAAAAGGACAAAUUACAUUAACAGCACCUACAGUUAUAACUGGUGCCAAAUAGAUAACACACUUAAGAUAGGGUUUCGCAGACUAUCACCUAGCAUUACCCUAUUUUUCUUAAACCACCUGUUAUUACACACCGCUGUAGCACGUGGGACUUGAACUCAGGUCGCUCGGUCCAGGAGUGGGAACACUACCACUGCACCACAAGAGAGCCCUGAUCUUAUUUCACUGCUUGGUUGGGGUAGAGAUAACACCAUUAGGCUAUGACUGGAGUGUUAAUCCAGAGGCAUAUAUAAUGUUCUGGGGAUGGGUCGGAAUCCUGCCACAGGAGAUGGCAGAA